AUGAAGUUCUCUCUCGGCUCCCUUGUGCUCUCCGCAGUAUCAAGCUUGGCCGUCGCCGUGCCGAUCAACGAUAUACUGGUGUACGACGCCGUUAUCGUCGGAGGUGGCCCCUCUGGUCUCAGUGCCGCCAGUGCCCUCGGCCGCGUACGCCGCAACACCCUGCUCAUCGACUCUGGCGAGUACCGCAAUGCGCCUACGAGACACGUCCACGACGUGAUCGGUUUCGAUGGCGUCACCCCGGCAUGGUACCGAUUCUCGGCCCGCCAGCAGAUCUCUUACUAUGACACCGUCACCAUGACCAACGGCACCGUCGUCCAGAUCUCGGGUAGCGACGCAGAGAACUUUGUCGUAUCGGCCAUCUACGCCAAUGGCUCGACCGUGGACGUCCGUACUCGCAAGGUCGUCCUCGCCACCGGCCUGAAGGACGAUCUCCCCGACACCCCUGGCCUCUGGGAGAACUGGGGCAAGGGCAUCUUCUGGUGCCCCUGGUGCGACGGCCACGAGCACGCCGACCAGCCUCUCGGCCUCCUGUCCGCCACCUUCAACGACCUCCCGUCCCUCGUCCGCGAGAUCUUGACGCUCAACACGGACAUCAUCGCCUUCGCCAACGGCACCGACACGCCCGAGGCCCGCAACAGCACGGAGGCCAAGAACCCCAAGUUCCAGGAGUACCUCGACCUGCACAACGUCAAGAUCGAGAACCGCACCAUCGCCAACAUCACCCGCCUCCGGGACGGCGGCGAGCCCGCUCACGACCCCUCGCUGCCGACGGCGCCCGAGAACGACCUCUUCUCGGUCAACUUCGUCGAGGGCGGCGAGCCCGUCCAGCGCGCCGCCUUCUUCGUCAGCUACCCCGACGAGCAGCGCAGCACCGUCGGCGCCGACGCCGGCGUCCAGCUCCUGGGCGGCCGCCUGUCGGCCGACGUAUCCAAGGGCCUCUUGACCAACGUGCCGGGCAUCUACGCCAUCGGCGACGCCAACUCGGACAACAGCACCAACGUGCCGCAUGCGCUGUACACCGGCAAGCGCGCCGCCGUCUUCCUGCAUGUGAGACUUGCAAAGGAAGACCAGGCCAAGGAGACUGGCGUGGACGUCGGGUCUCUGAAGAGAGGGGCGGAGUUGAGCGAGCGCUCCAUCUGGGAGGUCGCCAACGGCCAGCCCGGCGACAUUCUUUACGCUGGAGAGUACGACCAGUAG